AAAGGCAUUCCGUCCCAUCCGCGCCGAGAUUGUUUGUGUAUCUCGAUCUCCGCCGUGACGAGGCCCUCCCCCUCCCUCCCCCACGACGCACUGCCGCAGGCCGCCGCCGCAGCCCAUAGCGCCGCGCCCGGCGCCACUCCUGCUUCCUUUUUUUCUUUUCUCUUUUGGCCCCCUUUCCCCUGACCUGCGCGCGCGCGCGCGCGUCGUUUGUAAUGUAACCACCACCACCAGCAGUGACCGUCCUCGCCUAUAUAUCCACGACAGCCUCCCGCACUUUUCUCCUCGAUCGCGCCAGAGAGCCACGCAACGCAAGCUAGUGUCAGUGUCACGCAGCUGCGCGCACCGAGGGCUCCGGCCAGGCGACAGGCGAGCUAGCGAGGCUCUAGGCCCAGCGGCAGGCGGCAAUGGCGAGAGCCGGCGGCGGUGGUCUCCUCGUCUUCCUCCUGCGCGGCGCGGCGCUGGUGACGGUGGCGGCCGUGCUGCUGGUGGGCGCGGCGAGGGCGGCGCAGCUGCGGCAGAACUACUACGGCAGCUCGUGCCCCAGCGCGGAGUCCACGGUCCGCUCCGUCAUCUCGCAGCGCCUCCAGCAGAGCUUCGCCGUCGGGCCCGGAACGCUCCGCCUCUUCUUCCACGACUGCUUCGUCAGAGGAUGCGACGCGUCGGUGAUGCUGAUGGCGCCCAACGGGGACGACGAGAGCCACAGCGGCGCGGACGCGACGCUGUCGCCGGACGCCGUGGACGCCAUCAACAAGGCGAAGGCGGCCGUGGAGGCGCUCCCCGGGUGCGCCGGCAAGGUCUCGUGCGCGGACAUCCUCGCCAUGGCCGCACGUGACGUCGUCUCCCUGUUGGGCGGGCCGAACUACGCGGUGGAGCUGGGGCGGCUGGACGGCAAGACGUUCAACAGGGCCAUCGUGAAGCACGUCCUCCCGGGCCCUGGCUUCAACCUGGACCAGCUCAACUCCCUCUUCGCCCAGAACGGCCUCACGCAGACGGACAUGAUCGCCCUCUCAGGCGCGCACACGAUCGGGGUGACGCACUGCGACAAGUUCGUUCGGCGGAUCUACACGUUCAAGCAGCGGCUGGCGUGGAACCCGCCGAUGAACCUCGACUUCCUGCGGUCGCUGCGGCGGGUGUGUCCCAUCAACUACAGCCCCACGGCGUUCGCCAUGCUGGACGUGACCACGCCCAAGGUCUUCGACAACGCCUACUUCAACAACCUCCGCUACAACAAGGGCCUGCUGGCGUCCGACCAGGUGCUCUUCACCGACCGCCGAUCCAGACCCACCGUCAACGUCUUCGCCGCCAACAGCACCGCCUUCUACGAGGCCUUCAUCGCCGCCAUGGCCAAGCUCGGCAGGAUCGGGGUCAAGACCGGCGGCGACGGCGAGAUACGCCGCGUCUGCACCGCCGUCAACUAGCCGCUCAUCAGUCAUCACAUCAGUUGAUCAUCAUCAUCAUCAUCAUCAGUAGUGUAGGCUGGCUGGUUGCUGGUACUGUAGCUUGCAUUGGGGGUCCAAUUCCUUCCAUUCGUUGGCGUAGAAGCGUGCGUGGGGUUGAUUCCUUCUUUUGUUUAUAUACGUACGUUUGGCGUUGUGGGAUGGAUUUUGUUAGCAAUGAGAUGAGAUUCUUCUUCUGAUCUAGCUAGCUAGCUGCCCGAUGGAUGAUAGAAAUUGAUGCAGAUGUUCCAAA